AUGCAAAAAUAUUAUCAUUCUGAUGAUCAAUCACAGAAUGUGAGGUGGCCUACAGGCGGUGGUAGUCUUGUGAUAAAUGGAAGAAACUACAUGCUUAAGCAAUGCCGUUGGCACUCCCCAGCCGAGCAUUCUGUAGAUGGCAUAAUUUACCCUCUGGAGUUUCAAAUGGAGCAUCAAACACAGGACAAUAGCUCUGCUAUUGUUUCCAUGCUUUACAGUUAUGGAAAACCUAAUACUUUUCUUACAAAGGUAAAUUGGGAGCCUCCAAAAGAACCUUUGGGUUUGGUUGAUCCCUUCGAGAUUAUAGUGCCUGAUAAGGAAUAUUAUCGCUACAGUGGGUCUUUAAGCACUCCAAUUUGUAGAGAGGGAGUCAUUUGGAGCGUCCUUGAGAAGUUUUGA